CACUCGAGAGGAUGGUGGAAUCGAUAGCGACGAGAGGCAACCAAAAGAGAUUGGCAGCCACCGACGCAUAGAAGAAAGUACUCCGUCAACCCCCUCUGACAACGGGCUUCCCCUCUCCGCCCUCCCUCCUCCCCCUUCCGCUCUCCUUCGUCCAAAGAUCCCACUUUCCCCUUCCCGGAUUUCCCUUAACUUCGCUCGUCGUCGGAGGGACAGGAGGCGGAGGAGGCAGAAGAGCACCGCGAGGAGGAGGAUCCUAAGGGAGGGUCCUUGGCAUGGAUUGCGGGUCGGCAGCCGCCGGGGAGGGGCACAUCAAGGGCGUCCCGACGCACGGUGGCCUCUACGUGCAGUACAACGUGUACGGCAACCUCUUCGAGGUCACCGCCAAGUACGUCCCCCCUCUCCGCCCCAUCGGCCGCGGCGCCUACGGCAUCGUCUGUGCUGCAGUGAAUUCUCAGACUCAUGAAGAGAUUGCAAUAAAGAAGAUUGGCAAUGCAUUUGAUAACAGAAUUGAUGCCAAAAGAACCUUACGAGAAAUAAAGCUUCUUCGUCACAUGGAUCAUGAAAAUGUUAUUGCAAUUAAGGACAUCGUUCGCCCUCCAAACAGGGAAAAUUUCAAUGAUGUCUACAUUGUUUAUGAGCUAAUGGAUACUGAUCUUCAUCAGAUAAUUCGCUCCAAGCAAACAUUGACCGAUGACCAUUGCCAGCUUGUCAUUUCAACUUGCAAUUCUGGCUUUCAUGACACUGACUAUUGUUGGCAGUUUUUUCUUUAUCAAUUACUUCGAGGGUUGAAAUAUGUGCACUCAGCAAGCGUCCUGCACCGUGAUCUUAAGCCUAGUAAUUUGCUCUUGAAUGCAAAUUGUGACCUUAAGAUUGGAGAUUUUGGAUUGGCAAGAACAACAUCUGAGACAGAUUUCAUGACUGAAUAUGUUGUCACUCGUUGGUACCGGGCACCUGAACUGCUCCUUAACUGUUCAGAGUACACUGCUGCUAUUGACAUCUGGUCAGUGGGUUGCAUACUUGGUGAGAUUGUGACCAGAGAACCUUUAUUUCCUGGAAAGGAUUAUGUCCAUCAGUUAAGGCUGAUAACCGAGCUAAUAGGCUCACCUGAUGACUCAAGCCUUGGAUUUCUCAGAAGUGACAAUGCCCGUAGAUAUGUGAGAUCACUUCCUCAAUACCCAAAGCAAAAUUUUUGUGCUAGGUUUCCCACCAUGUCAAAUGGAGCAAUUGAUUUACUGGAAAAAAUGCUUGUAUUUGAUCCAAGCAAGAGAAUUACAGUUGACCAAGCUCUGCACCAUCCAUACUUAGCGUCUCUCCACGACAUUAAUGAUGAGCCCGUUUGCCCAACUCCAUUCAACUUUGAUUUUGAACGUCCAUCAUAUACUGAAGAAGAUAUUAAAGAACUUAUCUGGAGAGAAUCACUGAAGUUCAACCCAGAUCCAGUAUACUAGGUUUUUCUGUUUGAUGCUUGCUGUUGGCAUUUGUAAUUAUGAUUACUCUUUGAAUUGAAGCCACCUAAAGCCAGUGAAAGCUAAUCAUUGGGCAACUCAUUAGAUUCAUUCACAAAUCUGUGACGUGAAGUCAAGACGAGGCUUGAGGAAAUAAGGUAAAACUCAGAUCCUCAGGAUCUAAAACAGUGCUUUAAAUGCCGAAUCUGUAAUUUACUAUUUGAGAAGUUUGUGCUCUUUGUAUAGGAUGUUAUUGCAGGUGUCAUGUUCCUUUAUCAACUGCUUCGUAGAAGUCAUUAUUAGGGCAAUCUAAUCACCUUGAGUCUUUUUUGACAAUGUGAUUAUUAUGUUGAAAUAUCAGUAGGAAACUAUAUAUAUGGCUUGUCUGUCUUUA